AUGGGUGCUUCAGUUUCCACGGAGACGGGGGAUCCUGUUCUCGCAUCGCCUGCGUCUUUCCCAGAUCUACUCAUGCGCUGGGUCACGGACGGCAAGAUCGUUGGCGAGGAUAAGCCCAAGCGACCGUCGUCACACCUGGUCGUGGGAUCUGCAUGCUCAGGCAUUUGUGCUGAAAUGAAGGCUUUGGAUUUGCUAGGAUGGUCGCAUUCGGCUGCUUUCAUCUGCGAGAAGGACGAGAAGCUCAGACGCUUAAGUCAGUGCAUGCAUGCUGUUCCGACUGCUUUUCCUGAUGUCAUGUCCAUGGAGUUCCUCCAAAAUUCUGCAACAUGCGAUGUCUUAGUCAGCGGAUUCCCGUGCCAACCUUACUCCCAAGCGGGGAGUGGCCGCGGGUUUGCAGACAUGGUCAAUGGUGGAUUCAUUUGGACAUAUCUUUGCAAAUGGCUCUUCCUGCACCGACCCGCAGUCUUCCUAUUAGAAAACGUACCAGGCCUCUUGCGGCAAGAGCCCGAAACAUUCUGGCUGUUGCUAACCACCUUGUCGAACAUGCCCGACAGCCACGGGCAGCCGCUCUAUGACGUCUCCUGGAAGAUCCUAUGUUGCUCUGAGCACGGCUACCUGCCCCAAAACCGCCGUCGUAUCUUCAUCGCUGGAACGCUCAAGAGUGCAUGUCGGAGCACCAUGGUUUGGCCGGGUGCCGUUCCUAUGCAGCCCCUGCAAAACUACAUCGAUGCGGCGAUGGGGACAGACGAGGACCUUUUUGCCCUGAGUGCUUCGGAGCGGCGUGUGUUAAGCAUGACCAUGAAGAAGUUGCUGCGCAAAGGUGCCGAGCCUCGCAGGGAGUACUACAUGUGUGAUAUCAAUAGCUCGUACGGGAAUGCGAUGCUGGGCAAAUGCCCGACCCUCACCCGAUGCCGCUGCGCAUCCGGCGGCUUCUGGAUUACGUGCCGGCAGCGGAAAACCAAUCUUUCCGAGAUCGCGUCACUGCAAGGUAUGUAUCUGAGCGACUUCCCAGACUCUUUUGUCACCGGGCGGCAGUUGCGGCAAGCUCUGGGCAAUAGCAUCCCAGUGCCGUUGCUGGCGCGGGUUCUGCGGUCUCUGCUGUCAUGCUUGUGA